AUGGGCACACAAGAAGCGUCCUAUCCAAAGGAUGAGGCCUCACCACAGGAUUCAGAGCAGGCCGGAAUAGAACCUGAAAGUGCCGACUUGGAAAGACUGGGACGAGAGCGACCAAAAUGCUUUCCAGGGCCGUGGUCAGAGAUAUCAUUUUGUAUUUCGAUUUUUAUGUCCCAGAUUCUUGCAGAAUAUUACAUCUCAGGCUCAAAUGUCCUCCUACCCACACUGGUCAAAGAGCUUGACCUUCCCGAAGCCGCCGCAAUAUGGCCAUCAACUGCACUUUCCUUGGUCGUCACUUCGACGCUCCUUAUUUUUGGCAGGUUGACAGAUAUGUUCGGCGGGUAUAUGAUCUACAAUGCUGGCGCUAUAUGGCUCACAAUAUCCUCUAUCCUAUGCGGUGUCUCCCAGACAUGGUUGAUGUUAGUUAUUUGCCGAGCGUUACAAGGCUUCGCCCUGGCCGCCUUUCUUCCCUCCGGAAUAAUGGUCCUUGGUAGCACCUACAGACCCGGGCCGAGGAAGAACAUGGUUUUCAGCAUCUACGGCGCAUGUGCAGCUUUGGGAUUCUUUGUGGGUAUUUUCUUUUCUGGUCUCUGUGGUGAAUAUCUCACCUGGAGAUGGUACUUCUUUUUCGGGGCUAUACUAUCCGCCAUCACUGCGGCCCUCUCCCUUUUCUCCAUCCCAAGGGAUUAUUCCGAGAAAAGAAAUUCGGGUGCCACAAUGGACUGGCCUGGAGCUUGUCUUUCUGUUCCGGCUGCAGUCCUCAUAGUUUUCGCAAUUGCCGACAGUUCACAUGCCCCUCAAGGAUGGAAAACUCCAUACAUUCCUCUCUUCCUCGUCCUUGGAUUAAUAAUUCUGGGGGUGAUGGUCUAUAUGGAAGGAUGGGUUGUGAAGAACCCAUUGCUCCCAGGCGAUAUUUUCAGGGUCAAGUAUAUGCUGUCGCUUGUCAUAGCAUUGCUGUUCUUGUAUGGUACUUUGGGUAUAUUCAUGCUCUAUGCUGUACUAUACAUGUCGGACAUCAUGGGUGCUUCCCCGAUGCAGAUCGUAGCCUGGGCUGCACCUAUGGGAGUAGGUGGUCUCAUUCUCUCUGUUGGAGGAGGUAUGAUCUUCCACAAAGUACCAGGAACAAUCCUGAUGAUCAUAUCCUGCCUGGGGUAUGUGGGAUCUGGAUUGCUUUUUGCAGUGAUCCCUCUCGGUGGAAACUACUGGGCAUACGUCUUCCCAGCAAUGAUCUGCGGAACAGUGGGUAUCGACAUCAGCUUCAACCUCGCCAAUGUCUUUAUCACGACCAAUCUUCCCAAGGCAAGACAAGGGCUUGCCGGCGCGUUAAUUAAUUGCACCCUGCACAUGGGAAUUGCUGUUAUGCUCGGAUUCGCAGAUAUAGUUCAAACUCAAACAGCUGACCUAGGGACCCGCCGGAGUUACAAAGCAGUGUUUUGGUAUGAAACUGGAUUGGCGAUAAUUGGGUUAAUUAUCGUGGUUCUCUUCGUGCGGAUCCGAGAGGCAAAGAGCGAGCUGACUCUGGACGAAAGAGCGGCAAUGGUGGCCGAGGCAAAUGGAAGGACCGGUGAAGUUUGA